AUGGCCACAGCUGCCUCGAAUCCCUACAGCAUUCUCAGUUCCAGCUCUAUGGUCCAUGCGGACUCUGCGGGCAUGCAGCAAGGGAGUCCUUUCCGAAACCCUCAGAAACUUCUCCAAAGUGAUUACUUGCAGGGAGUUCCUAGCAAUGGGCAUCCCCUCGGGCAUCACUGGGUGACCAGUCUGAGCGAUGGAGGCCCAUGGUCUUCCACACUAGCCACCAGCCCCCUGGAACAGCAAGACGUGAAGCCUGGGCGCGAAGACCUACAGUUGGGCGCAAUCAUCCAUCACCGCUCUCCGCACGUCGCCCACCACUCUCCGCACACUAACCACCCGAAUGCUUGGGGGGCGAGCCCGGCUCCGAAUCCGUCCAUCACGUCGAGCAGCCAACCCCUUAACGUGUACUCGCAGCCGGGCUUCACGGUGAGCGGCAUGCUGGAGCACGGCGGGCUCACUCCACCGCCGGCCUCUGCCUCCACGCAGAGCUUACACCCAGUGCUCCGGGAACCCCCAGACCACGGAGACCUAGGUUCGCACCACUGCCAGGACCACUCGGACGAGGAGACACCAACCUCGGAUGAGUUGGAACAGUUCGCCAAACAGUUCAAACAAAGAAGAAUCAAGUUGGGCUUCACGCAGGCUGACGUGGGGCUGGCGCUGGGCACACUGUACGGCAACGUGUUCUCUCAGACCACCAUCUGCAGGUUCGAGGCCUUACAACUGAGCUUCAAGAACAUGUGCAAGCUGAAGCCGCUGCUGAACAAGUGGCUGGAGGAGGCUGAUUCGUCCACAGGGAGUCCGACCAGCAUUGACAAGAUCGCGGCGCAGGGCCGCAAGCGCAAGAAGCGAACCUCUAUCGAGGUGAGUGUCAAGGGCGUACUGGAGACGCAUUUCCUCAAGUGUCCCAAGCCUGCCGCGCAGGAGAUAUCCUCGCUGGCAGACAGCCUCCAGUUGGAGAAAGAAGUGGUGCGUGUCUGGUUCUGUAAUCGAAGACAGAAAGAGAAAAGAAUGACUCCACCAGGGGAUCAGCAGCCACAUGAGGUUUAUUCGCACACGCACACGGUGAAAACAGACACGUCCUGCCACGAUCUCUGA